AUGGAAGGUUCAGCGACGCUAUGUUUGAGUUUACUGUGUAUAUUAAUUGCAAAAGUGUAUGGAUCUAACGGGUGUCCAAAAAGCCAGAAUAUCACCACAGGAGCCUUCUACAAAAAUAUUUCCUGGGACACAACUUGGUCAGAUUUUCAGAGCAAAAACUGUGCGUGGCAACUGAACUUGCUUGCAGUGCCUGGUACAGUGAAUUUUACCAUUAGGCUGGACAAUCUUGUCCUUAGCAGCCACGACUCUUAUGUCUAUAACGUUAACGGGAUAGUAAAAACAACAGUCGAGGACAAACUGCAGGUGUUUGUAUGUGAUGAUAGACAACAAAGAUUCGAGUUGCCAAUGUCUGCCAUAGGGAGGACUUACCAAUUUAAGGGAAACACACUCUGCUUUUUUAUACCACAUGGGGACUAUAAUUAUGGACAGAAUAUUUUUACGACGCAUCGACUCAUUAUGACGAUUGGGGUAAAAUCAGCAAAACUAACAAAAGAAACUAUUGUUCCUGACAAUCCAGAAAUCAGCUUUGCUGUCUCACAAAAACCCGAAAUAAGCUCUGGGAAAGGGGCGAGUUCUUUAAUUGUAUCUUCCACAAUUCCUUUGUCCACUUCAGCAAAGACUCAAGCAGACACACAAACAAUGCAUCAUGUACCUCUAACACUUCCUGAUAAUCAAUCUCAGCCACAUUUGACAGACACUUCCGAAACGUCACCAGCAUUCUAUCAACAAUCCACACAUUCUAAGUUCUCAACUGAUCGAUCAACGCGUUCUACCUUCUCAACUGACCAAUCAACACACGCUAAAUUCUCAACUGACCACGAGAUCUUUACCACUAAAGUUUCAGCUCACUUUACCCACAACCCCGCCGUUCAUUCCUCGACUCGGUUCAAGACGAUAACAUCACCAUGGGCAUUAACUAUACGCACCACAGAAACAACUGUUUGGUUUGGAUUCAGUACAAUAACAGAUAAUCCUACGUUCACGUCUCCAACUUAUGGAACCACCUCUGGUGAAAAUAAUCAUUCCUUUGAAGAUGAGAAUUUACUUUUAGAACAGAGCACGCACAUUUAUCUGUUGGUCGGUCUGGUCUCCGGAGCUGGUCUCAUUCUACUGAUUGUUAUGUCCGUUGUCAUAUGCAAAGUAAGAGGUCUGCAUCGUGAUUCAGACACAGAUGUAUACAGUGUGGAUUAUGGACAGCCCUGGUCAUGGCGGAAAAACUGGGUCAUCAAGCGAACAUUCAACGAAAUCGAGGCUGAGAAAAUGAAGGCUGAUUUACAAAUAAAACCAAGUUUACCCUACCGACCUUCCAUUAAAAGACAUAUUUCCCUUUCCCGCCAAAACACGGAUUCUUCGCGUUAUAGUUAUGACGAAGAGGACGUUUAUGACAAUGUUGUCGCUAUGUCAACACAGGAGAUUAUUAAUACAUUGGAAAAACCGGAAACAAGCUCGAAGCAAAAUUCUUGUGUUUCCACUGAUAAUAAGAAUUCAUUCAAUAAUAUGAAAAUGUAUUCUAAAAUCAAUAAAAUGUGAU